GACAGAAAAUAAGCAAAUAUCACCCUUAUUUGAGAUAUUUCAUCUUACUUAGAUUUCAGUUUUUGAGGUGUGGUGGCUGAAUGCGAUGACUUCCCUUAAUUGCAAACUUUAAAGUGAAAAGGGUGAAACAUACACCUAACGAUGAGGGGGGGAAAUAAAGAUUAUCCCUCUCCGUGCUUCGGAUUAUAUUCUCAUCUGGGAUUACAGAUGGCAAUAUUAAGAACGGGCCACACAGGCUUGAGGUUUUAAUGGCGAAGAGUUAAUACUGCGGAUUUACCUCGACUAUUUAAAAGCCUUUCCUCCAAGUUGCGUCAAAUACAGAUCAGAUUGGCGGUGAGCAGACCGGAUAAUUCAAUACGGAUUCGCCCGCUAUAAGGAGGACUUUUGUGAGCUGCUCAGCUUGAUGGCGGCUGCAGAGGUGGAGCAUGAUGUUGUGAGGGAACAGGAGCAGAUCCUAAACGCCAUGAGUUCAUCCCAGCGAGGGCGGAUGGAAGAACAAGGUCCCACUCAAACCACACCUAAAGAGUCCAGCCAUAACUCAGACCACCACAUGCAAGCGCGACCCUUUGCGGAUCAGCAGGAGGCGAGAGGUUUUACACACCACGGCUCGGCGCCUCAGAUCUCGCUGACCGAGAGCACCCCGGAUAUGAAUAGGAAGCUGCUCUUGUUGCCAGGCAACCAACUCCAGGUGCCCGGGGAGCAAGACCACGCCAACACCGUCAUUGCCCAGCCACCCGAGGAAAAGCAGAAGUUGAUGAACCUCAUCAGUCACGGGCAACGUGGACGCAUGGAGGACCAGCGCUGCUUCAUGGAUCCCAGUCAGAGCGCCCCCUGCAGCCCCAGGCACACGAACAGGAAGCCUCUCGCUGAUCCAUGCAGCAGAGAUUCCGAAAUGUUGUUCAACUUAUUAGCCAACACUCAAAGUCACCGCCUUGAUGACCAGCGAGUGUCUCUCCCGUCGCUUCCUGGCAUCGACACCAAGGAUCAUCCAUCGACUUCGGACUCAAGCUACUUGUGCUACAUGGUCUCCAAAGUUCAGGGGACCAGAAUGGAAGAUCAAAGGUGCUCCUUACCUGGAAUCCAGUCUGCAGCAUCAUCCAAAAAGGAUCAAGCUGCUUCAGGCAUUUCACGCUCUGCCUCCUUCAGUCCGGGUUCAGACGCAGAACGCCCGAAGAUCCAAGUUAAGACGUUCCCCAAAAAGGAGCUGAUUCCAGCUGAGCAGGACAGUUUUCUCACCAUGAUGCGUCACGCCCAGCGAGGGAGGAUGGAGGAGCAGAGAUGUGUCCUGAAUGUCAGUCCACAGUUGACACCUGAGCAUAAGCCCACCCAGAGCACUGUACCCACAGGACCAGAUUCCGACCAGUUCUUCAAAAUGCUGGCCAACUCCCAAGCCAAACGUCUGGAUGAUCAGCGUGCGUGUCUUCCAUCUUUGCCGGCGAUCCAGAACGAAGGCACCUCCAUUGCCGUAGGAGCGGACACAAGUUAUUUGUGUUACAUGCUCUCCAAAGUUCAGGGCUCCCGGCUUGACGAUCAGAGAUGUUCUGCGCCUCAUAUCCUUAAAAAUGUGUGCACCCCAACCUCCCAGCGCAAGGCCUGCAACACUUCUAAAGGACCUGAUAAAACUGGCCCCCCAAACCAGGACAAAAAGGAUCAGCAUCCGCAGAUCUCUCUGGCCAAUCAGCUGCAAUUUAGUGAAAUGUUAAGUCAUGCUCAGAAGGGCCGCAUGCAGGACCAGCGCUGCUCUUUACAGCAGAGCCGAAGCACACCUGCCACACCCACACACAGCCACAGCUCCCGAAACCAAGUAGCAGCAGCUGCAGAAGCGGACGCGUUAUUCCGUAUGGUGGCCAGCUGUCAGGCCGGCAGGCUGGAUGAGCAGAGAGUCACACUCUCCUCCCUGCCGGGGAUCAGUGGGACGUCGACAAAGGGAAAACAUGACCGGAGUCAUGUCAAAACUGUUCAUGCACCAAUUAUAACUGUGGCUGAAAGUACACCACCGAUAUCUAAAGGGGACAUUUUCAGACUUCCUGCUAAAUCGGGCUGCAACUUGACAAAGUCAGCAUCCUUCAUCCCUGAGACCGAAUAUCAGAAGGGUCUUAAAUCCACAUCUCAGAUGACCGUGAAGGUGUUAAUGAGUUUCACACCACAGAUGGGCCAUAAGAACUUGAACCAGCAAUGCACCUUCCCAGAGGUCUACCUCACUCUUGGAGCUCCAGGAGAUAAUAUAGUCAUUCCUCUGAGCCCAAAACCCGGACGACCUGUGUGUUUGAACCUAAACCUUGUCCCGAAAGAAGACAUCAAGUCCACACACUCCUCGCCGAGGAAACCCGGCUCGAGACCGUCGUCUCCCCAGCCCAAAGCGGCUCAGAACACCCAUCCUGGUAAUUCAGACUCUCUGGAACAGGCCAGAUCUGCAACGAGCCCGAUCAGUCCACAGGAAGACUGCUUCUCUCUGAUUGAAAAGGUCCACACGGCACAUCUUCAAAUGGGAACCACUCAAGGGGUACACAAAUGCAACGGGGAUCCGGUCAAACAGAAGGGAAAUGGAAAAGCAGGUGGCAACAAAGCUAAGGAUGGGGGAAAUAAACACUGAAUGUUUUAUUUCUCAUUGUAAUUGGCCCGAAACAGUAAAUGAUAGAAAUCUAAGAAACCUAUUGUUGGACAAUAGCAAUGACUUUACCUUUUAGUAUUACCAACUGUCGGAGGCAGAUAUUUACAUAUAUCCGUAUUUAAGUGUUACUUCUUUAUUUUCAUAAUCAUAUUACAAAACAGCUCGUGUUUUUCUUCCAAUUGUGGUCUUUUGGUUGUCUGCAAAUACUGUGUGCUAACCUUGACUAUGGAAUGUAAGGAGGAGUGAUACUCCUUCUCCUUAUCUCUUCUUGUGUCCAGCUGCGGAGGACAAUGGGCAUGUGUUUGGGCUGGAAAGACAAGACAGCGAGGGUGGGAGGGAGAGAGACUUUAUAGAAUAGAAGGUUUCCAUAUUUUAGAUCAGAUCAUCUUAGCUGCGCGAUGGAAUGUUCUAUGCUGGACUGGUCUCAUUAUAUUUCCAAAGCUUUGGGGAUAAAAUUACAAAAUACCUAUUCUGUCUCUGGUGGUUCUUCUACUCAGCUUUCAGUGUCAUAAAGAGCUUGGGAGCGACCAGAAACUUGAAUUCCCUGGGAGGAACAACUGGUCCAAACGCAACACAACCUACCGAGUUCAAAGUCUUUUUGUUUUUUGUUAAACACCCAUUACACUCUAUGCCCUGCUCUAUUCAUUCUGCAUUAUCAUCUAUCCAU